GUUUGUGCCACCAUGCCCUUACCAUCGUCUGUCUCCCCGACGUUCAGCGACUUCAGCGACGUGCUCGCAGGCCGUGGCAAAGCCGAUGACGACCUAUCUCACCCCCACCUCCGAACCUCCACAUCACGUUCCAGAGCACAGAAGAGGACAUUGUCAGAAAGCGGCAGCGAGACAGACACAGACGAUAGCUUGCCUGGUUCGAAGCGCCUCAAUGCACGAGCGACAUCACCCUCCUUCUCGCUUUCCCCAGACACAUCCUUCGAAAUCUCUUCAGAGCUAAAUCUGCCGGCCAUGGACGACCUCUUCACUCAGUUGAUUCGAAAACCUGAAGCUUAUGUCGAUAAAACUGGCUGCAUUGCUCAAUUGCCAGCCAAAUACACGGCGGUGAUGAUUCGCCCGCCACGCUUUGGAAAGAGCACUUUCAUCUCGACUUUGGCCCAGUAUUACGAUGCUCGGGAUGUUGUCUCAAAAUUUACUUGGGAGGGCCUUGAUGUCUACGCACAAGGCUCUUUUGCCUCUCGAGAUCGACAUCUGUGCCUAAUGUUUUGCUUCCCGGACUCAAUUAUAGAAAACGACCUGAGUGGUGUCGAGUGGGACAUCAAAGCGCACGUUACCUCUCAGCUGUACGCAUUUGUACGCGACUACUCCACAGAACUCGGCUUGUCUGAAGUUCCAGAGGUGAUUAGUACCGAGAUGAUGCGUGGACAACCCGACUUGCUCGCUAUUUUCGCGGAAUUUUGGGAUGUUGUCAAACAAAGCGGCCGUACCCUUUUUGUCGGCGUCGACGAUUACGAUGCAGCACUUCGCUCGUACGAGCUUUUCCCGUUUGAGGGCGAGGGCAACGAAGACCGACCGCAGCUUCGAGAUGCAAUCGAGGAGCUGAUGGACCGUUGGUUCUGGGAGCCUCUGCUGCAUGGCAUCGACUUCGUUCCAAAGCUUCUUGUCGCAGGCAUGCUCUCGCUGGACGCUUGGAAUUCUCAAAUUUCAAAAUCUCUCUCAAGUCUUCCUCUGGUUGAAAUGCCAGAACUCUGCAACUCGUGCGGUUUCAAUGAAGAUGAAGCGCGUGACUUCAGUGCUACCUUCCUUCCAAGCCCUCCACCCUUUACCGACUUCGAACAUACAGCCGGACAGUACUACUUCCCUCCUCAUUCGGAAUCAGUCCCACUCCUCCACCCUCAACAACUCAUCCUACGAGUGGCCCGUUUGACGGGGCACGAAAUAUCUCCUCUCUUGACGACAUCAUUCCCCCGACUCUCGGGAAUAUUGGCGUCGCUUGACGCUGACGCAGACGACGAGCGUGUGACGCAAAACACACUCGUCGACCUGCUUGCGCAAGGUACAAUCGAGGCUGCCCACUACCAACCUCUCUGUGGCCGUGCCAUUGGAGUGGGUCUUCUUCGGGACCUCGGUCUCCUGUCUUACGAUUCGGAGGGACAGCUCCGCGUGGCAAGUCAAGACAUCUUGCAAGAGAUACACUUAGCUGCUUAUUCUGUGGCAAAUGCUUCCUUCAGCCUUCCAUCUAAACUCCACCCUGCCUUGUGGCUGGGUGAUGGUUUUGCUCCUCUGCUAGCAUUGUCCACAAAAGUUUUGGCCAAUCGGACCAUUCGAGGACUCUCACGUGAAUUAUGUCCGGAGCCUACGAUGCAUGGCGUUCUGGAACUUCUCUUCCGAGGACCCAUCUCUCCCUGGAGGUAUAUUUACGAUCCGUUGAUUAUGGUGCCCCCCCUCACAACUGCCGCACAUUGA